CCGUGGCUGGCGCUUGGGCUGCGGCGCCACCUCCAGCCUCAGUUGUCUCCGUUCGCCGCCUUUCCGUCCCGCGUCUCUGCUGCGUGUGUGUUUCUGCGUGUGCCCUCUCUCAUGCUUUGCUCUUCUCCCUCUUUGCGUUGCGUAGCUGCAGGCACACACACACACACGGCCACACUGCCCACGGUGCAUUUACAUACCGCAGGGCACGUGGAUGAUUCCUUCGUAGUUGGUGCUGGUGGUGCGGUGCGGGUGCCGCGUCAUUCGAUGGAUGCGUGCCCACUUCCCGUGUGUGGGCGUGUGGCCGGCGGGGUGGGUGUUGUGUUUCUUUGCACCUCAGCGAUUUGCAGCGCAAAAUGCCACCGCGACGAGCCAGUCAAUUUCACUGUGAGUGGGUAA